AUGGAAAGUGGUAGCCAAUUAAGUCACUAGAUCUCCGCUGAUUAAGGAGGAAACACAUAAUUCUCUUCUCAAAUCUAUGAACAAAAAUUGUCCCUUCUAAACUCAAAACUGGAGGUAAUUAGUAAUGAGCGCCAUGAAUUCGCAUCAUAGUUCUCACAGUAAUAAAAGCAAAUAUCUGCUCUUCAAAAUGAAAAAAGUGAUCUCUUCUAAAGGCUCAACAAAAAGGAAUAAGAGCUCAAAGUAGCUCAAGAAUUAUUAGAGCAAUAAACUCUCAAGUCUGAGCAAUUGAUAAAUGCCAAAUCUGAUGUUGAGUCUAACAGAGCUUAGCUUCAGGAAAGCCUUAAUUAAACCAGGGAAUAAUCGAGAAAGGACUCAGAGGAGCUGAAGCAAUAGAUUCAUUAACUUAUGAAGGAUAAGAGCACUGUUGAGUUUGAAAGAGCUACUCUUAAACUCAAAAUAUCGUCAUUAGAGUUGCAAAAUAAUUUGAUUAAGCAAGAGAAGGAUAAAAUGACAGAAUAAGUAAAACUUAUUUAGGAAGAACUCUCAUCAACCAAAAGUGUCAACGAUAAGAAUGAACUCAAGCUGAGAAAUCAUCAAUAAAAAAUUGAUAGCUUAGAGAGAGAAGUCUAAUUCCAUAAUUAGUAGGUAAAUGAAAUUAAAAGGUAGAGCUAGACUAGAGUAGAUGAGCUUUACAAAUAAAUCAAUGAUUUGAUUAAGGAUCUUGAGUACCAUAAGAGUAUUAAUGAUUAAUCAGGAUUGAAAAAGUUACAGUUUUAAACUUAAAUUGCAAGCGUUUAAAGUGAAUUAGACUCUCACAAGCAUAAUAACAGUAAGCUUGAGCAAGAUUUAGCCAAGUUGAAAAGCGAUUAUGAAUGUUGUAAACAAAACAGAGAAAUAUUACUUAAAAAUAAGGAUGAUUUAAUCAAAGAACUACAAGAAGUCAAAGAGAAAUUCAAAAUCAUCACAGUCAUGAAAUCUCAUGAAGAUAUCAAGAAAGAGGUUGAUCAGAAGUAAAUUUUAAAGUAUCAUGAUGACUUUAAAAAGAUUUUAGCUCAACAAAAGUAAUAUCCUUAAUAAACUGAAAAGCUCAUCAUGAAUAAUAAUCAACUUGCCAAUCAAAUUCAAGAAUAUCAAAGAAUGAUAGCAUAAUACAAACUUGCUUAUGAGUAGGUUUCUAGUGAACUAGACAACCAACUCUCAAAUAGAAAAAAUACCUUAGAUUAAUAUAGUUAGUUAGAGAACCACUAUGUUGAUACCAAAAAGGCACUAGCAAGCAGAACUACUGCCAUGUUUGAAAUACAAGCUCACUAUGAUUGUUUAUGGUUAUCUAUUAAAGAGUCAGGAUAUGAAGGUUUGAUAAGUAAGAGAUAUGAUUAGUAUGUGCUGAACAGAAAUAUGAGCAAUGAAUUUAAAGACAUACCAUAGUUAAGUGACUUAUCCAACAAAAACUUAUUGCUUCAGACCAAAUUAGACAAUCUGUAAAAAGAAAAUCAAAAACUUUUAAGUCAAAAUUAAGAUGCCAAUUAAGAGCUUGACUCAAAAGAUGAUAAGAUCUCUUAAUUAGAGGAAGUUAUCUAAAAGCUUUAGCAUAAUUCUAAUGAUCAUAUCUAGCCUUAAGUUAAUAGCUCGUUUAUUUAAGUUUCAUAGCUAGAGAUAUUAUAGAGAAAUUAUACAGAGGAUUUGAAUUAGAAAAUUAAUGAACUAGCAGAAUUAAGGAUGAAAUUGCAUGUUACUGAGCAGAAGUUAUAAUAGAAUGAAGAUAGCUAAUCCUUAUAGAAUUAAAUCCCUAAAUUUAACAUUAAAGAUUAUGUUCAUAAAAAUGAAUUCAAUGACAUUGAAGAGGGACUCUACGAAAAGUAAAGAGAACUAAACAGACUAGAAAAUUAGUUAGCUUAAUCUAAAGGUGAGAUAGAAAAAAUCAACAAUGGGUCCAAGUUAAAUUAAGCAAUAAUUAAGCAGCUUAAAGAAUAAAUUGAAAAUCUAAAUCAGUAACUAGAAUAAGAGAAGUAGCAAUUACAAAAUUUGAAAAGACUUCAAAUUGAGUAAUCAUCUGUCUAAAAUUAAGUAGGGUUGCAAGGGCAAAGCUAUGAUUAGUAAUUCAGAAUACUCACAGAGGUAAUUCAAGAAUUAAAGCAAGAAAAAGAGAAACUCAUUCAUCAAGUUAGGUCUAAAGAGUAAACUAUUGUAAUGAAUGAAAAUUAGAGUCAUAGCCAAUCUAUCAUCAUUGAGAAUUUGAAACUUCAGCUAAAAACUGAGUAGGACAAAAAUAUAGAGCUUCAGAAAGUUGGUGAUUAUAUUAGAAGAAAUCCAGACUAAAAUUUGAACAACUAAGACUCUCACAGAAAUUUGGCUUUACAUGCUUAAGACAAGAACUUUUAGGCUAUUAAUGAUGAGCUUAGAAUAUUGCUUAUAACUUAAAAAGAAGAGAACGAAAAGGAAAUUGAAAACAGAGAAUAGCUAAUUUAACAAGCCCAUCAACUAAUUAUUGAGAAUGAAUAGUAGGUUAGAGAUUAGUAAGAACUGUUUGAAAGAAGAAUCAGUGAGCUAACAGAGAAGCACAUUUAUGAGGCUUAAUCACUGAACACCUUAGUUGUUGAACUUUAAAGGCAAAAUGCUGAAUUGAAUCUCUUAAAGGAAGAUCUAUAGACUCAACUAGAUGCUUUUACAGACUAAAAGGAAAAAUUACUAAUUACUGAUGAAAUGCAGAAUAGUGAAAUUAAAAGGCUUCAUAGCAGUAAUGUUGACUUGAUGAGAGAGAAUUCUUCAUCCAAUCUUAAUCCCAACUUGUUCAAAGACAUGAGUGAGAGAGUUGAUAAUCUACAAAUCAGUUUCGCUGAGAAAGAAAAAGACUUUUAAAUUGAAAUCAACUAACUUAAAAUUAAUUUACAAGCCUAUAAGCAAACUAAGGACAUGCUGCUAGAUGAGAUUGACUCGCUAAAAGAAAAUGAAAAUUUAUUGAAGAAUGAGCUCUCAUAACUUAGAAAGCAUCUUGAUACCUAUUAGUAAACUAAUAUUUCAAUGCAAAUGGAUUAGGUGCCAGAAAAAGAUCAUCAUCAAAUCAAAAUGGACAUCCAAGAAUAGGCAGGAGAAUUAAUAAUAAGGGAGAGACUAUCAAAGGCUGAAAAUGAAGUGGAGAAUUUAAGAGGACAACUUCAUAAAAUGAAUGAGAAAAAUAGGCAUUUACAAACAUAGAUAAAUAAGCUUGAGUUUUAGCUUCAGAAGUAGAACGAGCAAAUGGAAGAGGUAAACUAAAGAGGUAUUCAUUAGUCUUAUCAACUUAGAAUGCUCGAUGAAGUAAAUACAUUAAAUGCAACUCUCUAGCAAGAAAAAGCAGAACUUUAAUAAUAAAUAGAAAAGAUAAAUGCUGAAAAGGAAGAAAGCCAAGGAGAACAAGACUAAAUCUAGCAAGAGCCAGUGAUAGAACAGGUUGCUGUCAUAGAUGCACAAGAGAAGAUUGAUCUCGUUGAUAAAUUGAAAUAGCUGCAAUUCAAGAAUGAAGAACUGAGAAGAGAAAUAGGAAGGAUCCAGGGAGAAAAUCUUGGUAAUGCCCCUGCUUAUACCUAGCAAGACAUGUUCAAAAAGAUGCAUAUGACUCUCUAAAAAUCAAGGCAAAUAUUCUAGGCUGUGAUUGACUAAUUUGGAAUGGAUGAAAGUCUAGACACAGGUGCCAGCAUGGAAGCUAAUGAGAUUAAUGAAUUUGGUGCAGGUACUCUAGGGAAGAGAAAGAGAACUCAGUGA